ACAGGCCUCUGCAACUAUCGUUUCACCUUAGCCCACAGUCAAGGCUGCUUCCCCCACGUACCACGAUGUGCUCAGUUCUUCCCCUGCCCUGGCUUCUGAUUGGGAGCCUGGCCGCUGGAUAGUGACCUCCAGGACCCUCGCGUUGGUACAACCUGUUUAUACAAUUCUUCUGAAGUUUAAGGUGACUGCAAGAGGGCUGUGAGGAAACGUGAAAGACUGGGCACUAUCAUCCCAGGUACCGGCUACAGAGACCAAUAGCAACAGACGCCAAUAGCAUCAGAAGCCAAUAGCAUUCCAGCUGCACUGGCAUCUGCCCAUGUGUCCCUUCCCAACGGGCUGCUUGCUGCCAUGAAGGAUCUUCUUCAGUACGCUGCCUGCUUCUUGGCCAUUUCCUCCACUGGGUUUUUGAUUGUGGCCACCUGGACAGACUGUUGGAUGGUGAACGCUGAUGACUCUCUGGAGGUGAGCACUAAAUGCAGAGGCCUGUGGUGGGAGUGUGUCACAAACGCUUUUGAUGGGAUUCGUACCUGUGAUGAGUACGACUCCAUAUAUGCAGAACACCCCUUGAAGCUGGUGGUGACCCGAGCACUGAUGAUCACAGCUGACAUUCUAGCUGGCUUUGGAUUCAUCACCCUGCUCCUUGGUCUUGACUGCGUGAAGUUCCUACCCGAUGAGCCACAAAUCAAAGUCCGACUCUGCUUUGUUGCAGGAACCACAUUACUCAUCGCAGGUACCCCAGGAAUCAUUGGUUCUGUGUGGUAUGCCGUGGAUGUUUACGUCGAACGCUCCUCUCUGAUUUUACACAAUAUAUUUCUUGGGAUCCAAUAUAAAUUCGGUUGGUCAUGCUGGCUUGGAAUGGCUGGGUCUUUGGGUUGCUUUUUGGCAGGAGCUCUCCUCACCUGCUGUUUGUACCUCUUCAGAGAUGCUGGGCCUGAGAGGAACUACCCUUAUGCCAUGAGGAAGCCCUAUUCAACUGCAGGUGUGUCCAUGGUGAAGUCUUACAAGGCCCCUCGGACAGAGACAGCCAAAAUGUAUGCUGUAGACACCAGAGUGUAAAAUCUGCCAAAUAUUAAUAAUCUGUGUUCCUGUGUUGCUUAAUUACUUAAAUCAAUGUGUUCAAGUUAAUAAAAUAAAUGAUCGACUUUGGAACAUUUAUUUACAUUUCUGAUUCAAA